UAGCUUGCUUUACUCUUCUUCUUCUUCAUCUGCGUCAUUUUAAACCCCGCCUCUCUCUCUUCAAUUCCUCCACGAAACGCACUCCGGACUAAUCAUGGCCAACCUCUUCCCUCUCGCCACGGCCAUCCUCUUCCUGUCCGUCACUUGUCCCCAUCUGUCCCGCGCCGCGUACCCCAUCGGCGUCAACUACGGCACCGUCGCUGACAACCUCCCCCCGCCAUCCCAAGUCGCCGCCUUCCUCAAGUCCAAGACCACCAUCGACCGGGUCAAGCUCUUCGACGCCAACCCCGACAUCCUCCGCGCCUUCGCCGGCACCGGCAUCGCCGUCACCGUCACCGUCGGCAACGGCGACAUCAUCUCCCUCUCCAAGCUCACCGCGGCCCAGUCGUGGGUCGCCGCCAACAUCUUGCCGUUCUACCCCCAGACCCUCAUCAACCGCAUUGCCGUCGGCAAUGAGAUCCUCGCCACCUCCGACAAGACCCUCAUCGCGCGCCUCUUGCCCGCCAUGAAAGCCCUGCACUCGGCCCUGCAGCUCGCGAAAGUCACCAACAUCCAGGUCACGACACCACACUCGCUCGGGAUACUCUCGUCGUCGGAGCCUCCGAGCACCGGCCGGUUCCGCCGCGGGUACGACCGGGCCAUAUUCGCUCCGAUCCUGGAUUUCCACCGCCAGACGAAGUCCGCCUUCAUGGUGAACCCGUACCCGUACUUCGGGUUCUCCGCCAAGACCCUGAACUACGCGUUGUUCAAGCCGAACGCCGGCAUCUUCGACGCGGCGACGGGGAUAAACUACACGAACAUGUUCGACGCCCAGAUGGACGCGGUCUACUCGGCGAUGAAGAAGGUGGGUUACGAGGACGUGGAGAUCGCGGUGGGAGAGACGGGUUGGCCCUCGGUGGGCGACCCCAACCAGCCGGGCGUGAACAUGGAGAACGCGGUGUCGUACAACGGGAACCUCGUGAGGCACGUGAACUCCGGGAAGGGAACGCCGCUGAUGCCGAACCGGAAGUUCGAGACUUACGUCUUCGCGCUGUUCAACGAGAACCUGAAACCGUCGACCUCGGAGCGGAACUUCGGGCUGUUCAAGCCGGAUCUGACCCCAGUUUACGACGUUGGCAUCUUGAGAAAUGAACCGGCUAGUGGACCCGCUCCGGCGGCCCCGUCGACGAGCUCGGGCAAGAAGUGGUGCGUGCCGCGAUCGGACGCGAGCGACCAGGCGCUGCAGGCGAACAUAGACUACGUGUGCAGCACCGCCCAAGUGGACUGCAAGCCCAUACAGGCGGGCGGGGCCUGCUUCGAUCCGAACACGGUGCGGACGCACGCGGCGUACCCCAUGAAUGCUUACUAUCAGGCCUUCGGGCGGCACGACUACGACUGCGACUUCGGGAAGACGGGAGUGAUCACGGCCGUCGAUCCCAGUACGGCCUCCUCGAUCUCGUGCUUUUAAAAGAGACAACGACGGUGUUGGGCUAACGACGAGAAAAUACAAAAAAAAAAGAAAGAGAAAAAACGUGGGAAUUUGAGAAGGAAGUCGGUGACGGGGCGUCGGUUCGAGGAGCCCCGUGUUGGGAGUGGGAAAGAGUUGUUGUUUAUGGGAAGAUGUUGCUUUUCGUUCGAUGAUUACUUUAUAUUAAUUUGAAGAAAGAAAAGAGGAAAUUUUCGACGUUACAGCACCCGCUUUUUGCGUUGGCAGCAAAUCCCGGCUUUAUAUAUUUUAUUGGCUUUUUGGGCACGUAAUUGGGGGGUUGCAAUUGAUGCCCUUUUCCUUUCCCUUUUUUUGGAUCACGCAGCCGCUUUUCUCUACCGGAUAUGGCCGUUUGUUUUCGAAA